AUGCUAUUCUCUCGAGCUUUCCUUGUCAGUCUGUUGGUCGUGACAGCCAAUGCCUUUGUCCCUCUUCAGAAUCCUGCUGUGCAUAUCGGUGCCACCAGCAGUACCGCCCUUCAAGUGGCCGUUGAUACUUCCGACAUCAAGAAUGGAUUGACAGUGGAAAUUGACGGUGAACCCUACAAAGUCUUGUCCUUUAGUAUCAUGAAGCAGGCCCGUGGUGCUGCCAAGACUACCAUCAAAUUCAAGAACUUGCAGCGGGGAAACACCAUUGAAAACACCUACCGGAGUGGAGAAAAGUUCCAGACUGCCAUGAUUGAAAAGAAAAACGCCCAAUUUACCUACAAUGAUGAAAACAACUUUUAUUUCAUGGACUCGGAAACCUUUGAAGAGGUGGCAGUGGGAGCCAAGAUUGUGGGAGACAACGCGAAAUGGAUUGACGAGGGAAUGGAAAUCUCGUUGGUCAAUUUCAAGGACAAUGUGAUUGAGGUGGUUGUCCCUAGUUCUGCCAAUUACGAAAUUGUGGAGACGGAACCGAAUGUGAAGGGAAACACAGCCCAAGGUUACACCAAACCAGCCACUUUGAGCUCUGGAGCUGUCAUUAAUGUACCAGGAUACCUGGAAACGGGAGAAAUGAUUCGUGUCGACACCGACAAGGGUUCCUUCCAAGAGCGUGUAAAAUAA